AGAUAGACCUACAAUAUCUAGCAGUCAGUCAGUAAGUCAGCUAUCAGAAUUCAAAUAAGUCUCGCUGCCAUAGAUACAACCUAAUAGGGUUGUAUCCUAUAAAUUUUAUCGCCGAAUGGGACUCGUCAUUCAGUUCCCGAGUGGAUUUCCGACAGAGUGGAUUACUUUGAGAAGGGGUUUUGUUUCUUUCCAACAGAGAGUGGUUUGAUCUGACUGAGGUCAAAGUUCAGGAUGGAGGCGCUGCUGAAUAGUCAGUGUGCCGCCCAGAGUGUUGGCCCCGCCAAUCAGCUCUUUGCGAUGCUCAUUCAAACCAUAAUGGCCGCCCAGUGUAGCAUUUCGCCGCCGGACAUGUGGCCCAAGGACUACGGACCGACGGCCAUCAAUGAGGGGUUGCAGGAGUACGAUUUCAUUAUAGUGGGAGCCGGAUCAGCCGGGUCUGUGGUGGCCAAUCGCUUGUCGGAGAACCCGGACUGGAAAAUUCUGCUGCUGGAAGCUGGCGGCGAUCCACCGAUCGAAUCAGAGAUCGUCGGUUUGCAGGACAGCCUUGUGGGAUCCAACUACGAUUGGCAGUAUAUCGCGGAACGAUCGACCCGGUCCAGCUUGAGCAUCGUGAAUGGGACCCACUGGCCGCGAGGAAAAGUGUUGGGAGGAUCAAGCACGAUCAACGACAUGGUUUAUAUACGCGGCAACAGGUUCGAUUAUAAUGAAUGGAAGGCGAUGGGCAAUCAGGGUUGGGGUUGGGAUGAUGUGUUGCCGUACUUCCUGAAAUCCGAAGACAACAAAGUACCGGAAGUUGUGAAUGCCUACGGUGGAAGAUUCCAUAACGUGGGAGGGUACCAGAGUGUUGAUACGUAUCCUGAUUUGAUGCCUUUCAAUAGGGUGGUGCAGGAAGCUUGGCGGGAGGCUGGCUAUCAAGAGCUGAUCGAUCUAAAUGCUAUUGAACAUAUCGGAUUUGCGCAAAUGCAACAAACAAUCGAUGGUAUUACAACGGCUAAUGCGGCAAAGGCCUUUUUAACGCCGAUAAGAAACAGACCUAAUUUACAUGUGAUAAAGAAUGCCUUCGCAACGUCUUUACACAUGUAUGGCAAAGAAGUGCGGGGAGUAAAUAUGGUGGUUCAGGGCACACAACUACAAGCGUUAGCUAAAAAAGAAGUGAUCCUAUCGGCGGGGUCCAUCAAUACCCCGCAGCUUCUGAUGCUUUCGGGUAUCGGUAGAUCGGAAGAUCUGGUACCACAUAAGAUACUUGUCCGGAAAGAGCUUAAUGUAGGAAGAAAUCUGCAGGAUCACGUUCAAGUUCCAAUUUUCUUCGGACUGGGGAAGCAGACUUCCGACAUCGUUAAAACCCGUUGGGAAACACUUAUGAAUUUGUUUGACUUCACCUUCCGAAACCGGAGUCAACCGUUUGGUCAAACUGGACUCUUGGGGACAAUGGGAAUGCUCAAUACCCAGAGCGAUACAGAGCAGUCUCCAAAUGUUCAGUUCGUUAACGUUUUCAUAGCUAAGGAUAACUACGAUGAAUUGCAAACUUAUUACGAUGCAGGUUACAAUGAAAAUGUUUUGAGUUCUUUGGCAAGUCACAUUCAAUCGCAGGACGUUGCCGCAGUUUUGACAGUGGGGCUUAAUCCCAAGUCCCGGGGUCGUCUCGGCCUCAAAUCUACUGAUCCGUUUGAACAUGUCUGGAUUGAAACGGGGUACUUCAAUGUUCUGGACGAUGUGAACGUCAUUAUUGACGGAAUACGAAUUCAGCAAAGGUUAUUCAGAACAUCUGCUCUAAGCAAUUACUCCCCGAAGUUGUUGAAAAUCAAUAUUCCAGAAUGUGAUUUCACCGAGUUUGAUUCGGACGAGUAUUGGGCCUGCUACGUUAUGCAUAUGAGUACGACCCUAUAUCACCCGGUGGGCACGGCCAAAAUGGGACCAUCAACAGACCCUGAAGCCGUCGUGGACCCAGAACUGAAAGUUUACGGCAUAAAACGAUUGCGAGUCGUCGAUGCCAGCAUUGUGCCCGUUAUUGUUAGUGGUAAUACCAAUGCCCCGGUGCUCAUGUUAGCGGAAAAGGGAGCGGAUCUGAUCAAAGUCGAACAUAUGUCGGCUGCCAGUUUGUUCAAUAGUGCGAGCAACAGCACUCUGAAAAAUCCACUCGUAACUAUCGAUGAGAGUGGUGCAGAGUUUGUUAAGAAAUCGUAUCGAGGGAAAAAUUGGUACCAAACCAGCCAUUUUAUGAAGCAUUGGAGCAAGGUUGACAAUUCGAUCAAUACGAUUGUUCAUAGCUAAUAGAUUUUUUUUUAUUUACGAGAGUAGAAUAAUGCUUCACUGAGAGGCCUGUUUUGUCAAAAAAGAAACAAGGAAACAAUUAACGUGAAAUUUUUUAACAAUAUACAUUUGUUAUGUCAUUAGGGACAAAUGAGGACCACAAGAAUCAGUUACAACUUUUGAUGGUUACGAACAAUAAACGAUGGGUAUUGUAAUCUUUCACUCUGGAUAUUUCCUCGUAUAUUAUUGGCACUUAAGAGUUGAUCCUUCACACGUUUGCUUAAAAGUUCCUGAUUGUUGAAUUGUUAUCUAGUGCUAUAAAUUUUAUAACUCACGGGAACUUCGACUGACGUACUAAAAAGUGAUGUAAAAACUGAACUCGUAUAUUCUAGACUAAGGUUGCCAGAAUUCUUUCAGCACGUAUCACUCAACAAAAAUAAAAAAAAAAAAUUGAAAAAAAAAAUUUUUAUCAUCAAAAUUUAUCGACAGAUUUAAAAUCGCAUUUAAGAUUAAAAAAAACCCUUCAAGAUAAUUUUUUAAAAAACUUGCUCAAAAGUUUCGUUUUAAUUGGUUGAAUAAAAAAUUUUACAACAAAAUGUUUUUUAAACUGCCAAAUAAAGUGAAUAAAUGCAGGCUAAAUCCGGGCAUUUUUCGAAGAAAUCCGGGCAAUCGGGCAGGGCCGAACUUUUUCCAAAUUUUAUAUUAAACAUCAGGGCAAACCCGGAUAAAAUUGGGCAAUCUGGCAACCUUAUUCUAGACGCAAUUUUUGCAAAUAGAUUAUGUAAACUGUUCCAAAGAAUCCUAUUCCAAAUAGUUUCAUAUACUACAGAUUUUAUAUGACCCUUCCCAUACAUUCUGUAAAUCUAAGUUUAAGAUCAUGAUUGUGAACAAAAUACUGAAUACGAAAUGGUUUUUGAAAUCACUUUUUAUAUUCAGCAUUAUUUUGUUGUUGCUGAGGACUGUUCAUAGGUGAAACAUACUAACAUAAAAAUAGUUACCAGUACAAAUCAUGUUUAAACGUUUUUAUUUCAUGUGUAGUUAAUCGAAGUUAGAGUAGUCAAUAUCGUAGGAAAUGUGUAAAAAUCUUUAACAGCAAAGAAAAUGAGACGAUAAAUAUAUUGAAAACAA